AGAAGGAGGCUAGACAGGCAGCGUACGGUCUAUGGGUAGCAUGAACGAGCGGAGUUCAUUUGUGGACGAAACGCUGGAAACAGUUAUUGAAAGAAUAGAGAGAGACAUUCAGCAAAAUAACGUAAUUAUCAGGCUGACUGUUAAUCAACCAAAGCGAAUAUAGGAGCUGCACUUCUUUACAGCUUUGAGCAGCAGUGUGAUGCAGGCUGGAGUCUGUCUGAGACAGGACACUGAGACAACACUACCAGAGCUCACUGAGGAGCACAGGGUCAGACCGAAAGAAGAGGAACUCAGUGGACUGGUGUCUGUCCACAUGGCAGAGUCAGAGACAGAGUGUGCUGCACCAGGACUCAACACACUGGAGCCAGAUUGUGUUUCAGCACACAGUGGGGUCAGUGACGUACACCACACAGACACAUCAACAAUAAAAACAGAAACUGAUCUGGGCUCCACCCACUCUGAGGAUCUUAAGGUGGAAAGCCUGAACAGUACAGAGCUGGGUUAUGUAACCCAUCUGCAUCCCGAAGAUAUCAAGACUGAGACCGAUGAUGGAGGAUACCUUAAGGCAGAACACAUCAGUGACUUGCAGGAUAUUAAAUGUGUUGUUAUUAAAUAUGAUCAACUGAAAUGUGAAUCCAGUGAAAGUUUAGUUAGCGAUUUCAUGCAUACUGUGAAUAAUGGAGCUGAAUCUGAUCACAAAAUCCAGACUGAACCUCAGCAAUGUGCAGGAGAGCCAAAUGAGACGGUUCAUACUGGUGACAAGCCCUACAGAUGCACUCUGUGCGGGAAGUGUUUCAACAGUAGAUCUAAUUUCAAUUCCCACCAGAGAAUUCAUACAGGUGAGAAGCCCUACAAAUGUACUCAGUGUGGGAGGUGUUUUCAUUAUCAAUCGCAUUUAAAUGCCCAUCAGAAAAUCCAUACAGGUGAGAAGCCCUACAGGUGUACUCAGUGUGUGAAGUGUUUCAAUCGUAAAUCUCAUUUAAAUUCCCACCAGAAAAUUCAUACAGGUGAAAAGUCUCACAAAUGUGCCCAGUGUGGCAAAUAUUUUCGUUAUCGAUCUCAUUUAAAUACUCACCAGAGAAUCCAUACUGGUGAGAAGCCCUACAAAUGUACCCAGUGUGGGAAGUGUUUUCGUAAUGGUGCUGAAUUAAACACCCAUCAGUUAAUUCAUACAGGGGAAAAGCCUUACAAAUGUAGUCGGUGUGGGAAGUGUUUUAGUAAUAGAUCGAAUUUAAAUACACACCAGCGAAUUCAUACAGGUGAAAAGCCCUACAAAUGUGCACAGUGUGGGGAGUGUUUUCGUUAUCGAUCUCAAUUAAAUACCCAUCAGAGAAUCCAUACAGGUGAAAAAAGCCCUACAAACGUACCCAGUGUGUGAAGUGAUUUAAUCUUAGAUCACCUUUAGAUGCUCAUUAGUAUAUACUAUGUGAAAAGUGUUUUGUUUUAAUAAUUUUAAUAAACAUAAUUUUAAUACCCACCAAGCAGUUAGUAUUAAUGAAACCCCUUUCAAAUGUACUUAAUGUUGGAAAUCCAUCCAUCCAUCCAUUAUCUAUACCCGCUUAUUCCUGGUCAGGGUCUCAGGAGAUGCUGGGUCCUAUCCCAGCAUGCAUUAGGCGAGAGGCAGCAUUACACCCUGCACAGUUCACCAGUCCAUCGCUGGGCACACACACCAUUCGCUCACACACUUAUACCUAUGGGCAAUUUACAGUCUCCAAUUGGCCUACCUGCAUGUCUUUGGACCUGUGGGAGGAAAACGGAGUACCCGGAGGAAACCCACACGGACACGGGGAGAACAGGCAGACUCCACACAGGAAGGAGCGCACAGGAAGGACCCAGGACCUGUGCUGUGAGGCACCUGUGCUACUCGCUGCACCAUCGCGCCGCCCCUAAUGUUGGAAAUGUUUCGGUGAUUCAUGCUCUGUGUCCCUUAGGAAAGCUGCUCAUUAAAUACAUUUUUGCCUGAAACUA